AUGGCCACGGACAAGGUCUACAACUGGUGCCAGCAGUCUGCAAAUGUGACUUCAGAACUGGCCAAAGACCCAUCGCAAUGUCCAUUGAAAAUAUUCAAGGAUCUCUAUGAGCACCAUGAUCAUACUCUGCAUCUCAAAAAGCCAUCACAUGAAGAUCCAUCAGACCAGCAAAAGGACCAACUGCAGAAAGCACUCGCUUGCGGAAAUUGGGGAUCAUCGGUGCCAAGUGAAUUGUUCCUAAAGGUUUACCAUGGCGCACUUAGCACCUUGGAAAAAGAUCCAUCCGUAGGAGUGGUUUCGCCUCCUUUGAUGGGCAGCACAGGAGUUGUUCCUUUGACCAUAGUGGCACCAUUGCCGGACCUUUGUCGACAUCUCGCAAAUUGUAUAGCUCGAGCCAAACACGAGGUUUUCUUGGGUACGAACUUCUGGGUUCUCUCAGAUGCAUCAACCCUAGUCACCAAUGCCAUCAGGGAAUUGUCAGAACGAGCUGGACAGCGCGGUGAGAAGGUCAUCAUGAAGAUGGUUUAUGACCGUGGCGAUCCGCGACAGGCAUGGGAAAAUCGGUUGACAGUCCCCGCCGAGCAAUAUUCUGUGGGAAAGGUCCAGUUACCUGCUCCAGAGGAGAUCCCAAACGUUGAUUUGCAACUUGUCAAUUAUCACCGACCGAUAUUUGGCACAUUCCAUGCUAAGUUUACUGUCAUUGACCGACGCAUAGCUCUAUUACAGAGCAGCAACAUUCAAGACAAUGACAACCUCGAGAUGCUUGCCCAUUUCGAAGGAUCUAUUGUCGAUUCCUUCUAUGACGCGGCGCUCCUGUCAUGGGGAAAGCCUCUUGAUCCUCCUCUCCCACUUUUGAAUUCUCCCGCUAAAGACGCUCCAAUUCCUUGUCAUGAAGCUAGAAGCCCUGAGCUAGCCUCGGGUGAUAUCACUGAAAUUCUUCCUGAACAUACGACAAGCUCACCAAACUAUGAUGUGAGUAUGAUACAGGAGGUACAUCGACUAAAUAGUACGGUUUAUCCUAGGAGUGGUGAAUCGCCCACACAAGCGGUGACUCGGCAUUUGAAUACCACAAUCCAACCUGAUACAACUGGUGAUGCACCGGACAGCGAUCAAGAAGUCAGAAUGACACCGUACACAUUACUGCCCAGCCACGGUCAAGUACCUAUGGCUCUGGUGAACAGGGAACCAUAUGGCUCUCCAAAUCACAACAGCACCAACACACCCCAGAAUGGGGCCUGGCUAUCGGCAAUCGACCAUGCACAACAAUCUAUUUUCAUACAAACACCCAAUAUGAAUGCCGAGCCGCUGCUCGAGCCACUUCUGAAUGCUGUCCGUCGUGGUGUCGUCGUAACCUGUUAUCUGUGCUUGGGGUACAACGAUGCGGGAGAAUUGUUGCCUUUCCAGAAUGGCACGAAUGAAAUGAUUGCGAAUAGGCUAUACAAGGCUCUUGAUUCUAAUCAAGAGAAAGAGCGGCUUCGGAUUUUCUAUUAUGUCGGAAAAGACCAAACAAAACCCAUCCACAACUCAUUCAAAAAGCGCAGUUGUCAUAUCAAGUUGAUGAUCGUCGACGAACAGAUUACCAUACAAGGAAAUGGAAAUCUUGAUACACAGUCUUUCUUUCACAGCCAAGAGGUUAAUGUCUUGAUUGACUCAGCAUUGGUUUGCCAGGAAUGGCUCAAGAUCAUCAAUCGCAAUCAGAACACAGCCAAGUACGGUGCUGCUAGUGUUGAGGAUGGAUGCUGGCACGACCCUGAAACGGGUGAAAUUCCACCGGGGUCUGUUGGCAUUGAUCCUGGACGGUUUAGCUGGGCGCGUGGAAUUGUUGGUGCUGUAAAGCGAGUAAGAGGAGUCGGCGGCUUUUAA